GAUUUUUUUACUCGCGGAAAAAUUUGAAAGUCCAGGCGAGCCGCUGGCUAAAUGCAAAAUCUCAAUUUAUGUUGGUCAGAUAAAUUGGUUUGCAAUCGAUUUUGUUAAUGCAACAUGUCUGCAAAACCUUUAUAUGCAGAUCAAUUCAAGAGAAAUGACGAUGUGUUCAGAAACACGAUGGAAGCUAUUUUUCAGAAGUAUUCUAGUCUGAAUGAUCCUGGGAUAGAUGUCUGUCUGAAAACAAUGACCUGCAGGACUGGUAGAGGUCCUGUGCCCAUUGACAGUGCAGAGGGAGAACGUGAGUUGGAAACAUUAAAGAGUCAGACUCGAGUUAAAUCAGACUAUUCAAUGAGGGAGUUUGAGGACCAGGAGAAUGAUCAGUUUCAGAUGGAUGUGUCAGGGGUCACUGAGGAUGAUCUUAAUAGCUCAGGUCAAAAGGAAAACAGGGAAAAUCUGUGGCACGGAGGUGAAUCAUUCCCACUCUCUAUGAUUCUGAAUAACACAUCUCCUGAAUCUCUGUGGGGUGAGCUAUCUCCACCUGAAGAAGAGGAUGAAGAACUGGAGAAAACACUGAGCAGCCAUGGCAGUACCCUCCUGGAUGUCUAUCCCAGCAUGCUCAACCAGAUCGGCGAAGCGUACCGGCGACAGCACAUGACUGAUUCGGCGAGGGCCGUGGUGCAGAAGUACCGCCGCAAACAUUGGCAAACCGGCCCGACGCAUCGCAACACAUCCUUUAAGAACAGACACAACUGCACUCUCAACAAAACAACAGAGAUCUCAUUUUCCAGUCAAAGUCCAGUUCGAAGAAACAUUAGCAGCUCUUUCAAGAGCAGCGACAAACUUCAACAUUUGCUGAAGAACAAACCAAGGUCUUCGCCACUCAAAAAUUCACCCUGCGAGGCCAGUGCCUGUUUUUACUCACCCAGGAGGAACAGCACAGACGUGACCAGUGUGAAGGAUGAGUGUCCAUGGACUGAUUUGCAUUUAACCAGUAAACCUGCUCGUGUGAUUGAUUUGUCCACGCCUCCACAUUCAGGUUCCCCCUCAUUUAGUGACCAAUCUCCAGAUCUGGACCAAACCUAUGAUGUUGGACCAACAUCCCAUGCUGUUCCAGCCUCAUCGGUCCUUAGUUCUCCACGACAAAGCAAAGCCGAUCUGUCUCUAAUUGACCAGAGAGGAAUAUCAGUCACCUCCCGACCUUCCUCAUUGGACAAAGACUGUUUCAGGGACCGCAUACAUUCUCUUGUCCCCUCCCCACAGCGCGGUCUCAUUGGUGUUUUGUCUCCUAGUCGGAAAAGUAGCUUCAGACCUAGUGUGCUGAACAUAGAAAGGCAAUUAAAUGCAACAGCAAGUCCAAAGCGAAGGUCUCCUGUCCACCAUCUAUCCCAUUCUGAGGUCCUCAGAUCUCCUUAUGGUGUCAAACAGGUGCCGUUGUCAUCACCCUGGCGGUCUGUUUAUGUCCACCCUGACCAAAGCUUAUCGAAGGUGGAGAAACCAUUGCGUUUUACUCCAUCCAACCGUCAACGCUCUCUUUCUGGCCCGCAGUCCACUUACUCAUUCAGCGAACCGCAGAUUGAUGCCGAGUUCAGAAAGCUGUAUCACCACUUCAUCUGUCGUGGCACAUCAUCACCGUGUCCUUCCUCCCAGUGUCACCUGUGUGAGAGACACAUGAAGGAGACAUCCCGAAGCCCCAGCUUUUCCUCCUCCAGCAUGUCUGCUCUCGCUCUGACACCCCUGAGGGCUAAGCUCAAGAAACGCCGCCGUCAACCUGAAGUGGAAGAGUCACUCCGAUUCAAACGCUUCCGAGAGAGUCGUUCUCCACUUAAACAUCUACAGUUGAGAGACCAAUAUAUGAGCCCUGGCAUAUCAGAACCUACUGAAGACAAACACACCUGGGAUAGAGCCGUCCUGCUGCAGUGCCCCAGUCCACGGUUCCUCAGGGGCACCGGAAACCUCAGGAGAAUCAGGGAGGCUAAAUUAAGCAUGCAAAUGAACCCACGUGCUUUGUCUUGGAGAGAUGCCCCAAGCGGAGUCCAUCUAGUGGAGGCUGUGUCACCCAUGAGACUGUUUAAUCAGGGUACCUCUCCACUCUCUCCUAGUGUCUCCAGGAGGCGACUGCAGUACAGUUUUCUGCAAUGAUGAGCUUUCCUGUACACAUCCCACAGCCUGCCUGUUAACCCUUGUGGGAUAAACAAUAUAUGUUGUGACUAUAUAAAGUUUACCCAAGUGAAAAAACAUGGGAUGACAUCAAUGUGUAGACACCUAGCUUAAAAAUUAGUCCUGUUUUCUUUUUUGAAAUAUAUAUGUACCUGUAAAUGCAGCUGUUUGUUACAUUGUUUUUGUGUAAAUAUAUUUCCAUCACUUUCUCGUGUUUUAAUAUGAUCAAUUUUAAUAGAA